AAAGCAUAAGCAUCAGAUGCUUGGCCACCCCACCACGACGCACCCUUUUGGAAUAUUGGACCAUUAUAUUAACUCCUCUUUCUUUCUUCAUUAUACAACACAUACUCGAUCGGCUCUUUUCUUCUUCCCUUAUUUCAAAUUUCCAGUAAAAUAAUCGAAAGAGAUAAUGGCGGAUCAGCUGACUGACGAUCAGAUCUCUGAGUUUAAAGAAGCCUUUAGCCUCUUCGACAAGGACGGCGAUGGUUGCAUCACUACGAAGGAGCUUGGAACUGUGAUGCGGUCAUUGGGGCAGAACCCAACCGAGGCUGAGCUUCAAGAUAUGAUCAACGAAGUCGAUGCUGAUGGGAAUGGGACCAUUGACUUUCCUGAGUUCCUUAACCUGAUGGCUCGCAAGAUGAAGGACACUGAUUCCGAGGAGGAGCUCAAGGAAGCUUUUAGAGUGUUUGACAAGGAUCAGAAUGGAUUUAUCUCUGCAGCUGAGCUUCGCCAUGUCAUGACAAACCUAGGUGAGAAGCUUACAGACGAAGAGGUUGAUGAGAUGAUUCGUGAAGCUGACGUGGAUGGCGAUGGGCAGAUCAACUAUGAGGAAUUCGUCAAGGUCAUGAUGGCCAACAGGCGGCGAAGGAGGAUUGAGGAAAGUAAAAGAGCCUACUCAAUCUCACAUAGCAACGGAAGGAAAAGCCGUAAGAGAGAUCGAUGCACAAUCCUGUGAUCCCUCCUUAAUUAUUUUUAAACAAAAUAUUUUAAGUAUUAUGACUUGCGGUUCGAAAUCGAUAGAUAAUAAAUCCCUUCUUAUGGUAUUACUCCUUCGAUUUUAGUUGUUGUAUCCUAGUCUACGACUAAAUCUGUCCUCAGCUUUAUGUCUUUUUUUUGUUUUGUGCUAAUGAAAUCUUCUGUUUGCUUGUUAUAA